AAACUGCUGUGCAUCCAGACAAAAAUAACAGCCUGGAAAUAGUGCUGAGGCAGUCUGCCGGCCUCUGUAUGGAAGCUAAAGCCACCAUGCAGAUGCUGACCAAGUGCUACCGCAGGAACUGCCUCCUGACUGUCAUGGACCAGUACUCGGCCAUGGUGUGCAACAUGAAACAGCUGGUGAUGAUCCCCAGCCUUCUGUGGGAUGUGCAGCUGAGUGUUCAUGAGCGCCAGGCCUAGGCAGGGGCUCCCGAUCUCUACAACUACUUCACCAUGCUCAAGGCCAUCUGCAUGGAUGUGGAACAUGGGCUGCUGCCCUGGGAGGAGUAGAAGGCCAAGGUGGCAGGUGGCAAAGCCGACGAGGCUGAGAAUGAAGUUGCAGAGACAGAGGAGGCCGAGGAGGAGAGGGUCUUGGGGCAGCUGGACCUGGAAGCCUAGUUCCACCUGCACUUCUCCAGCCUUCCUCAUGUCCUCACCCACCUUACCCUGAAAGCCGAGGAGGUGACGAGGAAAUACCAGGAGAUAAUGGGACAGCCCAUAGAGGCCUCGGACUCUAGGAAAGAUAACGGUGGCCAUGCUUGUGGGUGUCAGAGUCCACUGAGGGACAUCCCAGGGGAGGAAAUAGAGCAGUGGUGAACCCAGUGCGAGAGGGAGAGCCUGGCUCUCAGACAAAGCCACCCUCACUUUGGGAUAUUGGGACCAUGACCUGGGAAGGUCCAAGGCCAGGCCUGCCUUACUCUCCUUCUGACCCAGAAUUGCUUACUCCACAUGAUAGAAGGCAGACUCUGUGAUGAGGACAUGGAGCAGUUCGCUAGCCUGAUGAUGAUAAGACCAGAAAGACCUGGACUCGCAGCUAGAAGUGAAGGCGACUUGGAUGUCUGGGAUGCUUCCCUACCUGCCUCUGAGAACCAAUUCGUGGACUCAUCACUGGGUCACCUUUAGGUUGCUUGUUGCUAUUCACAACUCUCCUUGCUCCUCUUACCAGCUUGGGGUGGUAGCCAGUGGUUCACGAGGGACCACAUGUCACCUGGCCAGCAUGUUACAGCAGAAAGAGAAGUUUUAGCAUCGGACUAAUCGAAGUUCACAUCCUUCCCUUUUGGCAGUCAGUCAUUCACUGUGAUCUUGGGCAAGUUAUUUAACCCACUGCAGCCUAAAUUUCCUCAUCUAUAAAAUGGGGAUAGUGUUACCUACCUCAUAAAGUUGUUAUGAAAAUUAAACAAGACAAUAAGUCAAAAGCAGCUGGCAUGUGAGAGCUAUUAUUGUAGGUGGAUUUUUUUUCUCCCACCCUCACCUUGUCUUUGUUCUAGCCCUCCCUUACUUUUUAGCCUCCAGAACUAAGAAGUAGCAGAGUCAUAAACUCUGAGUGAGUGGUUCACACUCUUACACCUACUGAACUAUAAACUAUUUAUUGCAGUAGCAAUAAAAAUAAUACCUUGUAUUUGUACAUAUAUUUAUUAACCUCUAAAGUACUUUCUCAGACGCGAUUUCAUUUUUAACAAGUAGGACUCAAGAGAAGAGAGAUGGAACCAUCUGAUUUGCCCAUCUGCUUAUAUUCAGAUUGCCACCUAAUUUGAAAUCACAUAUAAAUAAACACUUUUAUUAAUCUCCAAAACCUAAUCUGAUUAUAAAAUCUGACCUUGGAAACAAAAACUUUUUGGACAAGCAUUUGGACUUGAUAAGCCAUAAAGAGCAACCUCAUUCUAGUUAGGUGGGAUUUUUUACUUCUAAUUGCACCAAGCUCCACUGUAGACAGAAUUAGCCACUGAGCCCACUUUCUCCAGGAUGAUCCAUCUAAGAGCUGAGACCCCUUUGCUGUAUCAGCUGUUCUCCUGGUCUUGAGUUUCCUCCUUCUCAACCACCCUCUAUGUUGUUGCAGAGAGCUCAGUAAUACAAACAUGACCAUGUUAUUCCUAUUUAAAAUCCUUUAGGGACUUUCCACUACCUACAGAAUCAAGUCAAAAUUAUUCUGCACGACU